UGGAUUGACAGCCUCUGUAUCGUUCAGAGUGGAGAAGGUAGUGAGGAAGACUAGCUACACCAUGCGACAGAAAUACGGAAAAUCUAUGCAAGCGACAUCGUCAAUCUAGCCGCCAGUCGGUCUGCUGGCGCUGAAGGAGGUUUAUACGCAGCUCGGAACCCACAGCAUAUCAAACCGUCAGUAGUGAGAGGUCAUGGCAUCGGGUUUCUUCCGGACGGGUUGUUUCUCCUUGUUGAGGAGACCAUCACCGAGCAUGGCUGGGUUGACCAGCCUCUUAAUCGCCGCGGUUGGGUCUUCUAGGAGCGGCUCUUAUCUCCUCGCAUUUUGUACUUCGGCGAAGACCAGGUAUUCUGGGAAUGCCCCGAGAGGGAAAUGUGCGAAACCCAUCCCGCCGGCGUCAACUAACCGUUCUCGGGGCACGUCCCCCCAUUUGGUUCGCCCAUUAAAGAAGAGCUUGGUGGAAUCGAUGAAGCAGAAAGCAUCCUGAGCGAAAUGAUCGGUCAUUACACCUCAUGCCAGCUUACUUAUCCUGACAUUGGUA